AUGUUUCCAGAUUCUGUAAAUUCUCUUUCAAAUAAUAAAUCUACACCAUUACACUUUGCUGUAUCAGCAAACGACUACCAAAUGGUUUUAUGCUUGCUAAUGAACAAAGCUAAUCCAAAUUUGGUUAACAAUCUCGGUCAAUCCCCUCUUCAUUUAUCAAUUGUAUCAACAGAACAAAAGAUAUUCAAAGCACUUGUUGCUUUCCACGCAGAUUUACAUAUUAAAGAUAAUAGUGGUAGAACACCAUCAAAUAUUGCAAUUCAUAGAGAAUUAGCCCAAAUGUACAAAAUUCUUACGAGUUAUUCUGAUGGUUCUAACAUCCCAUCUGAAGAAGAUGUCAUCGCAGAUUUCAUAGAAGAAGACCAAUACUCAGAUGUCGAAGAAGACGAAGAAAUUCCUAGGAAUCCUUCUGAAGAGUUAGAUGUAAUUGAAGAGAAGGUUAAGAAUCUCGAAAAUGCACUCAAACAAAACAAAUGA